AUGAAAACAAAUAUUAAUAAUGUUGAUGUUGAUAUUUAUGUUGUUCCUGUAUUAAAAAAUCAAAAACAUUUUAUGUUUUGUAAUCAAAGGAUACACAUUACGUUUUUAGGAAAAAUACUUUCAAUUAUAUAUCUUUUUAUCCAUAUAAUUUUGAUACGAUUAAUUAUGUUGUUUGGAAAUGAAGUUUCCGUCAUGAUAAUGUCAUUAAUAUCUUUAUCUGUAUCAAUAUGUCAUAUCUAUGGUUCCUUUCGAUGGAAAAGAGCAUGUCUAAUACCAAUAAUUAUAUUAUUAUCAUUUUACAUAGUACAUCAGAUUGUUAGUUUAAUAUUUUUGUUAUACAUUUUUUUAAAUGAAAAUGCAUAUUUUCACCAACAACUUCACUCACAUUUAGAAGAAUGGGAAAUUGCAUCAAUUCAUUAUGUUUUUCAAGCAUUUUUUCUUGUAAUUAUACCUUAUCUAUUAAUAUGCUUGGGAGCAUUGAAGAUUACCAUUUAUCAAUAUCAAUUUUUUAGUUAUGUAGAUAAGUUAUUGAAACGUUUCUCUUAUAGACAAGAAAAAUUUCAAGAAAAUGAUAGUAAUGUUGAUAGUCCACAAAAUCAUGAAAAGUCUAAUAAUAGUAGGCAACUUGAAACUAUUCAAGAUGUUGAAGUGUAA